AUGUUCUGGGAAGUAUGUUCUGACUAUGAAGUGUGUUCUGUCUGUGAAGUAUGUUUUUACAGUGCAGUAUGUUCUGACUGUGAAGUAUGUUCUGACAGGGAAGUAUGUUCUGACUGUGAAGUAUGUUCUGACAGGGAAGUAUGUUCUGACUGUGAAGUGUGUUCUGACUGUGAAGUGUGUUCCGACUGUGAAGUGUGUUCCAACUGUGAAGUGUGUUCUGACUGUGAAGUGUGUUCCGACUAUGAAGAAGUGUGUUCUGACUGUGAAGUAUGUUCUGACAGGGAAGUAUGUUCUGACUGUGAAGUGUGUUCUGACUGUGAAGUGUGUUCCGACUGUGAAGAAGUGUGUUCUGACUGUGAAGUGUGUUCCGACUGUGAAGAAGUGUGUUCCGACUGUGAAGAAGUGUGUUCCGACUGUGAAGAAGUGUGUUCCGACUGUGAAGAAGUGUGUUCCGACUGUGAAGAAGUGUGUUCCGACUGUGAAGUGUGUUCUGACUGUGAAGAAGUGUGUUCCGACUGUGAAGUGUGUUCCGACUGUGAAGUGUUUUCCGACUGUGAAGUAUGUCCAACUGUGAAGUGUAUUCUGACUGUGAAGUAUGUUCUGACUGUGAAGUGUGUUCCGACUGUGAAGAAGUGUGUUCCGACUGUGAAGAAGUGUGUUCCGACUGUGAAGAAGUGUGUUCCGACUGUGAAGAAGUGUGUUCCGACUGUGAAGAAGUGUGUUCCGACUGUGAAGAAGUGUGUUCCGACUGUGAAGAAGUGUGUUCCGACUGUGAAGAAGUGUGUUCCGACUGUGAAGAAGUGUGUUCCGACUGUGAAGAAGUGUGUUCCGACUGUGAAGUGUGUUCCGACUGUGAAGUGUGUUCUGACUGUGAAGUGUUUUCCGACUGUGAAGUAUGUCCAACUGUGA